AUGACGAAAGUCACAGUUAUUCUCACUGCACUUUUCGCGUCUUCUGCUAUGGCGCUGUCUAUUCCAGACCAGUACGGUGUGAUAGGAAACAUCACCGCAUGGCUUGGCGAUAUUGAUUGUGUCAACCUCUUCCUCGAAAGAGCCGCAGCAGGGCUGAGCACCGACAAUCUCAGGGAUGAAGCUGUGAUUGCUUGGACCUGUGCUGAAGAUGAGCCUACUCGUUUAAAUGAUCUGAAAGAGCUUCCCGGACUUUCCAAGGCAGGUCGAGACGCAGCGACAACAUUAGGAGAAGUGUUUCCAGCUGUUCCGGGGAACCUCACGGAUAUCAUCGCUCACCCUGGUGAUAAGAGAGAGGUCAAGAAAGACCUCGAGAACAUCAACACGUUACGGUGCACCCAGGUGUUGCCUAAUAUCGAUGUUCUUUGGGCUGCGGCCGCCGACUUGGCGAAAUGGCCGGCUGUUCCUGCUGUGCCACGUCCGACUACUUGUUAG